AUGGCAGACCCCUCUGACGCCAUUUCCAAACUUGACAAAAAAAUUGAACAAAUCCUCCUUGCCCAGGCUAAUUUUUCCAACACUUUACAUGACAUUGCUUCCCGCACGUCCCUUUUGGAAUCCAAACCAUCUCCCCCACCACCAUUUGCAAACCACACCUCUCCUCGACCCAUAAAAUUUGACUUACCCUCCUUCAACGGGGAUGAUGCUCUGGGCUGGAUCUUCAAAAUUAUCCAGUUCUUCGAGUUUCAUCAAACCCCUCCGGAGCAACGCACUCAAAUCUCUUCCUUCUAUCUUGAAGGACCAGCACUGGCAUGGUACCAAUGGAUGCACAACAAUGGUCUCCUCACCUUUUGGGACGCCUUCCUUCGUGCCUUAGAGCUCCGUUUUGCCCCCUCCAAGUUCGAAGACCCCAUUGUUGCACUCUGUAAGUUGUCUCAGACCCAAUUACUUCAAGAUUACAUCAUUGAGUUCGAAUCCAUUGCCAAUCGCAUCUCCGGCUACCCAGCUAGUUUCUACCUUAGUUGCUUCAUUUCUGGGUUGAAACCACAUCUCCGUCGGGAGGUUACAGCUCUACAACCCACCGACAUGCCUCAGGCGGUGGCUUUUGCCAAGCUUCAUGACGAUAAGUCCCACCCCUCUGACGCCAUUUCCAAACUUGACAAAAAAAUUGAACAAAUCCUCCUCGCCCAGGCUAAUUUUUCCAACACUUUACAUGACAUUGCUUCCCGCACGUCCCUUUUGGAAUCCAAACCAUCUUCCCCACCACCAUUUGCAAACCACACCUCUCCUCGACCCAUAAAAUUUGACUUACCCUCCUUCAACGGGGAUGAUGCUCUGGACUGGAUCUUCAAAAUUACCCAGUUCUUCGAGUUUCAUCAAACCCCACCGGAGCAACACACUCAAAUCUCUUCCUUCUAUCUUGAAGGACCAGCACUGGCAUGGUACCAAUGGAUGCACAACAAUGGUCUCCUCACCUCUUGGGACGCCUUCCUUCGUGCCUUGGAGCUCCGUUUUGCCCCCUCCAAGUUCGAAGACCCCAUUGCUGCACUCUGUAAGUUGUCUCAGACCCAAUUACUUCAAGAUUACAUCACUGAGUUCGAAUCCAUUGCCAAUCGCAUCUCCGGCUACCCAGCUAGUUUCUACCUUAGUUGCUUCAUUUCUGGGUUGAAACCACAUCUCCGUCGGGAGAUUCUCCAAACCAUCCCUGCCACUAACCGCAUCCACCCCACCCAAACCGCUUCCCCCCUCCUUCCUACCCCCUCCACCAAAAUACCCAUCAAACGACUCAUUGAGGCCGAAAUGCAGGAUCGUAGGGACAAGAACCUUUGUUACAACUGCGAUGAAAGGUACACCAGGGACCACCGUUGCAAAUCACAAUUUCUCUUACUCGUUGUCCCUGCGGCUGACGACAUCUCUGAUAGUCUUCCAGAGCAGGAAUCCCAACCCCCUGAUGACCCUUCACUUGAAGCGGGUCUGAUCAGUCUCCACUCUCUUUCGGGUCAAUGGACUCCACAGACUUUUCGGAUCACCGGGUCACUUAAAGGGUACGAGGUCCAUAUUAUGGUGGAUAGCGGGGCAACACACAAUUUCAUUCAAUCCAAAGUGGCCCACUUCCUUAACCUUCCCCUCGAGCCCACUUCGAGUCCACUAAAGGUCAUGGUAGGUAAUGGAGACUUCCUACCGUGUACAACUUAUUGUCCUCAAGCCCAAAUUACUCUUGCAUCUCUGAAAUUUCCCAUUGAUCUAUACCCCUUAGACCUCUCUGGUACAGAUAUUGUGUUAGGAGUGCAAUGGCUUACACAAAUAAGCCCAUUUAUUAUGGACUACAAUGGGCCCUUUAUGCGGUUCAUGUGGGAAGGCAACAUGGUCGAACUAAAGGGAGAACAUAGCUCCAGCCCCAUCCCAAUCACUGCCCACCAGUUACGACGCUUACAUCAUACAAACCGUGUUGAAGCUCUUUUCCAACUAAUACUAGAGCCUUUUUCACCAACACUACCCUUACCCCCUCAAACUCAACAGCCACAAACAAAUUCCACCAUUCCUUCCAUUGCCCCCCCAUUCCAAUCAUUACUCACAAAAUAUUCCACCUUAUUCACCACCCCUACAUCCCUUCCACCCUCGCGAAGCACAGACCAUUCCAUUCCCCUACUGCCCAAUACCCCUCCCAUUUCAGUUCGACCAUACUGCUAUCCUCAUUUCCAAAAACAGGAAAUCGAGACACAAGUUGCAAAGAUGCUUGAAUCUGGGUUUAUCACUCCCAAUACCAGUCCAUUCUCAUCUCCGAUGCUCUUAGUCAAAAAGAAGGACGGCACAUGGCGAUUUUGCGUGGACUAUCGUGCUCAAAACGCCGCCACUGUCAAGGACAAAUUCCCCAUCCCAACCGUUGAUGAAUUGUUGGACGAACUCGGUCAUGCUUCAUGGUUUUCCAAGCUUGAUCUCUUCUCAGGAUUUCAUCAGAUAUUGAUGGUGCCUUCGGAUUCAAAGAAAACAACGUUCAGAACCCAUAACGGCCAUUUCGAGUUCAAGGUUAUGCCCUUUGGGUUGUGUAAUGCUCCAUCCACAUUCCAAGCUACCAUGAACGACCUGUUCCGGCCACAUUUACGACGUUUCAUCAUUGUUUUUUUUGAUGACAUACUCGUCUACAGUCCCACAUUGGAGUCUCAUCUCAGCCACCUAGAAACAACUUUCCAACUUCUGCUUGCAAACUGUUUUCACCUCAACGGCUCCAAAUGUUCAAUUGGCCAGCAAUCCAUUCAUUAUUUGGGUCACAUUGUAUCUCAUAAAGGAGUGCAACCUGACCCUUCUAAAACUCAAGAAGUGCUCGAAUGGCCAACUCCAACCUCACUCAAAUCCCUUCGAGGCUUCCUGGGGCUUACAGGUUUUUAUAGACGCUUCGUGGCAGGUUAUGCGUCUAUCGCUUCUGCUUUAACUGAUUUAUUAAAGAAAGAUAAUUUUCAUUGGUCUGAUUCUGCUUCUGUUGCAUUUACCUCUCUCAAAACUGCUUUAACCAAGGCUCCAGCUCUAGCUUUGCCUCGUUUUGAUUGUGUAUUCACAGUGUAG